CUCCCAUGGCAGAACCACCACCGUACCAACGUCCUCCUCAAGUAUUCAUUAGUUUCUAUGGAAACGAAUCGCGCGACAAUUUCAUCAAAUAUCUUGUGUGGGGAUUGAGAGACGAGAGAGUCAACGUUUUCGUAGACAGAGCAGAAGCAAAUAGGAGAGACAUACGAAAUAUUUCCACAAAGAUCGAGGAGUCGAAUAUCGCGGUCGUCAUCUUCUCCAAGAGGUAUACAGAGUCAGAGAUGUGCUUGAACGAGCUUCAAAAGAUGUACGAGCACGUAGAACAAAGCAACCUUAAGGUGAUACCUGUCUUCUAUGAUGUGAGCAUAAGCGGUGUAAAGAACCUCGAGGAUGAAUUCGGUAAUCAUUUCGAGGAACUGAGGGAGAAAUACGCAAACGAUCCACUCAAGAUCUUGAAGUGGGAGGAUUCAUUGAGUUCAAUAGUAGAGCGGACCGGCUUAACCUCCGAAGACCACGGAACGGGUUUAGGUCUUGUGAGGGCAAUCGUCACGGCGGUUAAGAGCGAGCUAAUGGACUCUGAAAGACAAAAUAUUACUAAAGGACAAGUGUUUGUUUUGGCUUCAGCUGCGGUUUUUAUCUGUAGUCUCAUUGUAGCUCGUUUACUAUGCACUGAUGUGAAAGUUAAUAAAGCUGUUAAGUGUUUACUAGGGUUUCCAGUUUUGGCUGGUAUCUUGCACCAGCUUUACUGUCUACGGACCCAACCAAACAGAUGAUGACCUCUUGAUUAAUCACCAACUUGUGGUCAAAUGGCUUUUGAUACGAUUGGAGAAGCAAGUAAAGAAAAGAAAGAAGCAGAGGCAGUCAACACCGUUGACUGUGUGUGUUGACUGUGUGAUGAGCUGGGAAGGAAAGCAAAGUCUCUGGGCAUGACAAAGGGUUUGCGGUUGCAGGCUUGGGAGUAUAAAUAAGGAGAGAUAUCGAUUUAGAGAAUCUAUGCUUAUUGUUGAUUGUUGUUGAAUUGUGUGAGUCUUGCAUGAGAGACUUGAGAGUUGAGCUAGUGAUGUGCUAGUCUCUCUCAUAUGGUGUACUGAGAGCUGACCUAGUGAUGUGCUAGUCUCUCUCGUGUAUGGUGUGUUAGUGUGUACUGGUUUGGUUAAGGAAUCGGAGGUAUCGAUAUUGGAAACUUAACAGUUUUGCACUGUUUGGCUAUAGAUUACAUCUCUGUUUAGUUGUUUCACUCUUUAUAGUUUGUCUUCAAAAACAUUAUUUACCCGACCCAUGACCCAGGAUUUAGA